CAGACAGCCCGCACCAUGGUCCAAAAAUUCCCCUUCGAUGGCAUGCUGCCAAAGCAUGAAACCCAAGCCUUCUCUUUCAUCUCGAACCAUCCCGAGUACGAUGGCCGCGGAACAGUCAUCGCCAUCUUGGAUACCGGCGUCGAUCCCGGCUCCCCGGGUCUGCAGGUUACCAGCGACGGCAAGCCCAAGGUCAUCGACACCAUCGACUGCACGGGCUCUGGCGAUGUCUCCAUGAGCACCGUCGUUGAGGCCACCGUCGUCACCGAGGAGGACGGCACUGUCAAGCGCACCUUGCAGGGUCUCUCCGGCCGAACCCUGGCCAUCGGCAACUGGGAGAACCCAACGGGCAAAUACCGUCUUGGUGUCAAGUCCUACGUCGACCUGUUCCCCCACGAUGCUCUCGACCGUCUGAAGAAGGAUCGCAUCAAGGCCUUUGAGCUUGAGCACCACAAGCUCGCCACCAGCGCCCAGGACCGCCUCGCUCAGUUCGAGCGCGAUCACCCUACUCCUUCCGAGGAGGAGGAGAAGAUCAAGGCGGACCUCAAAGCUCAGGUCGAGGUCCUCCGGGACCAGAUCAAGGGCUUCAAAGAUCCCGGCAUGAUUUUUGAUGCUGUUGUCUUCCACGACGGCACCAAGUGGCGCGCCGUUGUGGAUAUCUCCCAGAGCGGCAACCUCGAAGGCCUGCCCCUGCUGACCAACUAUGCCGACGAGCGGCAGUUCGUCCGGUUCGACGACCGCAGCUAUCUCAACUUCUCUGUCAACAUUUACGAUGAGGGCGAGUCGCUCAGCAUCGUGUCUCUUGCAGGUACCCACGGCAACCACGUCGCAGCCAUCACCGCUGCUUACUUCCCCGAAGAUCCCCGACUGAACGGCGUUGCUCCUGGAGCCCAGAUCAUCUCCCUGAAGAUUGGCGACAACCGUCUUGGAUCGGCCGAAUGCAGCGCUGGCCUGGUGCGUGCUGCCAUCGAGCUUGCUCGCCUCAAGUGCGACCUGGCCAACAUCUCGUACGGAGAGGCUGCUGCCAUCCCAAACCAAGGGCGUUUCAUCGAGAUCUUGCGUGACGAGGUCAUCAACAAGAGCAACUGCGUUGUUGUGUCGUCGGCCGGCAACGAGGGCCCCGCUCUCAGCACGCUUGGUGCUCCCGGCGGCACUUCCUCCGGCGUCAUCGGCGUCGGCGCUUAUGUCUGCCACUCGAUGAUGGAUGCCGAGCACUCGCUGCUCAAGCGCGUGGACGAGACUCCCUACACCUGGUCCUCCCGUGGCCCCACCACCGAUGGCGACGUUGGUGUCGAUAUUUUUGCUCCAGGUGCCGCGAUCACCUCUGUUCCUCAGUACACCAUCCAGGCCGCCCAGCUCAUGAACGGCACAUCCAUGUCGAGCCCCAAUGCCUGCGGCUGCUUGGCUCUGCUCGUCUCGGGUCUCAAGGCCGAGGGCAUCUACUACACGCCGUAUCUGCUCAAGUCCGCUAUCCAGUACUCCGGCAAGGAUGUCCAGGACCCCCUGGGCACCAAGUUCAUACAAGUCGAGCAGGCCUGGGAGCACCUGAACAAGCUCGUGGGCCCCACCAAGGGCAAUUACGAUGCGAACGAUCUCGUCGGAGGCAAGAAGCUGCACUACGAUGUGCAUUACGAUAUCUCGGUCAAGGACCGCCAGAACGCCCGCGGCAUCUAUCUCCGCGAGCUGCAGGAAACCACCUCUGUCUCGCAGAGCCUUGUCAGUGUCGACCCCAAGUUCCCCAACCACGACGAUCCGGCCCAGAACCCCCUGAAGCUCAAGCUGGAAUGCUAUGUGUCGCUCGUGACCACACAGAAGUGGAUCAGCGCCCCGUCGCACAUCUACAUCAACAACGGCGGCCGCGCCUUCUCCGUUCGGGUCAAUCCCACCAAUCUGGCCCCUGGCCUGCACUUUGGCGAGGUUCUCGCCAUCGACAGCACCGCCCCAGAGCUGGGCCCGCUCUUCAGAGUGCCCGUGACUGUGUGCAAGCCCGAGGUGGUCGAGAAUGCCCUGGUCAAGUACAACAACCUCAGCUUCGAGCCCGGCACCAUCAUCCGCAAGUUUGUGAGCGUUCCGACCGAGGCCAACUUUGCCGAGCUGACCGUGCGCAUCGACAACCGCGACGCCCCCGGCAUCUUCAUUGCCCAUCUUGUCCAGCUGCAGGCCCAGACCUCGUUUGCCAAGAACGAGCACAGCUACUGGCUCGGCCUCAACAACACCGGGACCCGUGACAGCGACGACAAGAAUGUCUACAAAAAGACCUUCUCUGUCCUUCCUGGCGUGACCCUCGAGGUCUGUCUGGCGCAAUUCUGGUCGACGCUCGAUGAGUCUACUGUCAGCGUCGAGGUUGUCUUCCACGGGAUUGGCGUGGUUUCGUCUGGCUGUGCCCUCGGCGACAGCAGCGUCACCGCCGGUGGAACGAACAUUUGGCUCAACAGCGGCAACAACGGAUUCGACCGUCUCGACAUUGUCGCUGGUAUCCGAAAGGAGAACAUUGCCCUCAAGGCCAAUCUUGACAUCCACCGUCGCUCGAUCCGCCCGUCCGAGACAUUGACGGCUCCCCUCAAGUCGCGCGAUGUCUUGCCGGACGGCCGCCAGCUCCAUGAGCUUGUCCUGACCUACACAGUCAAGACUGCCGCCGCCGCCAAGACCACGUUCCGGUUCCCUAAACUCAAUGACGUCCUGUACGAUAGCGCUGUGGAGGGAUUCUUUGUUGUCGUUUUUGACGCCAACAAGAAGGUGGUCUCGUCGCAGUAUACCUUUAGCGAUCGCACCAAGAACGUUGACCUGAACGAAGGCACCUACACCGUGCGAGCCCAGGUUGUCUCGGGAUCCGUCGAGCUUCUCGACAAGCUCAGCAGCAUGCCCUUGAUUGCAGAUGCCGCCUUCAAAGCCGCUUCGCUGCCGGUGUACUCAGCCAUCUCGGAUCUGAUUGCGGGCUCGAGCGCCGGCCUCAAGACCAAGUCGCUCAAGAAGGGCGAGCGCACCGCGGCCUGGGUGGGUCCUCUGGACGACUCGAGCCUGCCCAAGGGUGCCCAGCCCGGCGAUUUGCUGAUUGGCACAGUGGAGGUCGCCGGGGAUGGCGCCUCGAUCGACGGAGGGCUCUACAAGGCCUUCUACCUCGUCCCCAGCGAGAAAAAGUCUGCCGACAAGCCCGCCAAGACCGCGGAGGAGCCCAAGAGCGAUGCCGAGCAGCUCAAGGAGGCCAUCCGCGAUCUCGAGAUCAGCUGGAUCAAGAAGAUCAAGGACGAGGAUGUGCUCAAGGCCCUGACCGAGAAGCUCCAUGCCGAGUACCCGACGCAUCUGCCCCUCCUUACUACUCGCCUCGAGGCUCUUGCUGACAAGAUCAAGUCUGCUGAGGACGCCGAGCUGCUUGCCGAGAUCCAGACCCUGAUCGACACGGUGCUGCAGGUUGUGGAUCUGGACCAGCUCGCGAUCUAUUUCGGCGUCCAGCACGACCUCACAAGCGAGCGCGAGAAGCAGCGCAAGAAGGAAAAGGACGCCCAGAAGGAUGCAGUCAUCCUGGCGCUCCGAACUCGUGCCAAGGUUCUGCAACUCCAGGUCCAGAAGCUCGACGGCAAGAAGGACGAAGCCGAAGCCCCGCAAGAGUCGGACGCCGAUGUUCCUCCCGUGAGCGAGAAGGAGGACUUGACCAAGCAGUACGAUCAGACCCUCGAGGAAUAUGCCAAGUGGCAGGCUGACCAGUACAGCAACGGUGCCUUCCUGAAGCUCUGGGCCUGGAGAGAGUCGCAGAAGGGACUCUAUGGCCAGGUUCUGAAGCACCUCAACAAGUAUCUCGCCGAGGCCAAGAACAUCGAGUCGCCUGAGUGGAAGGAGCUCAGCGCUCUUCGACGCGAGAUCUACAGCGCCCUUGGCUGGACGAUCUGGAAGGACUAUGAGGAGACGUGGUCUGUCCUGAACGAGCCCAAGUCGUAUGCCCCGUUUUAAGGCCCUCUCUCGUUGCUUCUUCUCCACACCGGAGAGGGAGGGGAAUGUGUGCAUGAUUAUGAUUAUGAUUAUGAUUAUGAUUGACGUUCAAGCGGGAGUGAAGCAAAUACCGCAACCGCGUUUGUGCUCCGCCAUCCGAGAUGAUACAUGCAUAUCCAUGGAUGAACUGCAGUUGAAUACACAACCAGUCUCAUGAUGUGUUGGGAGAGAAACACUUUGGAGUGUCCACAGAACGAAACGAGAGACACUCCGAGUAUGAAUGCUCAUUGACCGUGGUUGUGUUUUC